AUGGAGAUCAAAACGAAACGUCUAUCUCAUGAUGCAUAUACAGUGGCGCUGCUCACCCCCCUCGAGAUUGAGUUGAGUGCAGUGAGAUAUAUGCUCGACGAAGAACAUCAGCCACUACCGAGCGCCCACGGUGACCCAAAUAACUACGUUCUGGGACGGCUCUGUCAGCACAAUGUCAUUAUCGCGUCCUUGCCUGCCGGCUAUCAAGGUACGAUCUCCGCUGCGGUCGUCGCACGAGACUUAGCGCGCACCUUCCCGUCAGUCACGCUUCGAUUGCUCGUGGGCAUUGGAAGUGGCGUGCCUAGCGACACUACCGACAUUCGUCUGGGAGAUGUGGUCAUCAGUGUUCCAACUGGAAUUCAGGGUGGCGUUGUGCAAUACGAUCUGGGAAAGCAGACCACAACUGGAUUUCAACGCAAAGGAUUCUUGUGCCCCCCGCCCAAUGAAUGGCUGGCUAUUCUCCCGAAAAUGCAGUCUGAUCACCGCGUGCGGACUAAUAUGGUUUCAAGUCACAUAGGAGAUAUGCUGAGAAGAUUUCCAGCAUUGUCCGAGUAUAAGAGACCGUCGCCUGAGAUGGACAUCUUGUUCAAGUCCGACUACGACCAUUGCAUAGAUCAGCCAACUUGCCAGUCCUGCGAUAGACAAAAGGCAGUUCCCCGGCGGAAACGCAGCGCUCUGGAUCGACCUUUCAUUCAUUACGGGGUCAUUGCAUCAGGGGAUCGCAUGAUGAAGAAUGCAAAGGAGCGGGACAUGAUCAGUAAGAGUAGCGAGGGCGCGAUCUGUUUUGAGAUGGAGGCAGCGGGCCUUAUGAAUGAUUUCCGCUGCAUUGUUGUUCGUGGAAUCUCCAACUAUGCGGACUCGCACAGAAACGAUAUUUGGGAUCCCUAUGCCGCUGCAGCUGCCGCGGCUCUUGCAAAAGAGCUCCUUUCGUAUCUGGAGGUAUCGAACAGUAAGUGCUAUGUAAUGAUAAUAUCCAGGGGGGCUAUGAGAAAGCUGACCAAGGAUGUCAAAAUGCGGGCAGCCACCAUUCAAUCCCCUCGUGCGACUGCUGCCUUGAAGGCGUUCUACACUGAAGGGAAGCGGCUUAAUAUAGAACGUAUUUCGGGUCAACAACUCCCAAUGAGUCACUGUUAUAUAAAUCUGGCGCUGGUGAAGCGCUCACUCGAGGUCAGCGAGAAUCAUCAAUCAUUCUCUCUCAUGUCACGCCUCAAGGUGCAAGCGGAGAAGGAGUCAGACAUAAUCCCCUUGCCUUCACUAUUUGAACCACGCACUGGAUCAUCUCAGACGCCUUCGGUGCCCAAACGCAUCCUAAUAGAAGGGCGGGCCGGAGUAGGAAAGACGACUCUCUGCAAGAAGAUCGUCUAUGACCACCUCCAUCAUCAAAUGUGGAGCCACCUUUUCGACUGGGUAUUGUGGGUUCCAUUGCGCAAGCUGCGGCGAAGAUUGGAAAUGGCAGUUGCGUACAACUUGGAAAGUAUGUUUUAUGACGAAUAUUUCUCGCAACAACCUGAUGGCAAAGACUUGGCACGAGCAUUGUCGCAGGCUGUCAACGACCCCUCCCUUAGCAACCGAGUACUUUUCUUGCUCGAUGGUCUCGAUGAAUUCUCCAGUGAAUGGGAUACAGGCACGCCAAUGCACGAUUUUGUGUCCCAUCUGCUGAAGCAACCGCAGGCCAUUAUCACGACAAGACCCCGCUCCUCGGAUCAAAUCGAUCUAGGGACUAUCGAUCUCGAACUAGAAACUAUAGGAUUUCUUCCUGACCAGGUAAACAACUACAUCAACCACCCAGAGAUUGUACCUGACGGUGGAACUGCGAGGGAGAUUGAGUCUUUCUUGCAAAAGCAUCCAUUUAUGCAAAGCCUCAUGCGAAUCCCUAUCCAGCUAGAUGCACUAUGCUAUAGUUGGAAGCGAGCCUCAUUGGAAGGGAAGCCGCCGACAAUGACCAGCAUUUAUCAGGCAAUUGUGCUGAAGCUGUGGAGAAAGGACGUUCUGCAGCUGGGCAUUCGAGAUGACCAAGGAAUGCCGCUAACGGAAGGGAGAGUGAAAGACAUCUUCGAGUCUGACAUUGAGGAUUAUAUACUCAAUGAGAUCAACCUAAUCGAGGGACUCGCCUUCCACGGGCUCACCAAUGAUAUUAUCGAAUUUCGGUGGAAAGACCGAGAAUCGUUCUACAACCUUUUCAAACAGCACGGAGAGAAGCUUCCUCGCGCUGGCGACCGUGUGCUUCGGAAGGUCUCAUUUCUGUGUACCUCAGACGAUACUCUCCAGAGACACGAGCAAAGUUUUCGUUUCCUUCACUUGACCUUCCAAGAGUUCUUUGCUGCGAGAUAUUUUGUCAGGCACUGGCUACAGAACAAGUCUCUCCCGCUUUUUCGUGUGGGUCAACAAUCAACGAAGGACUGUUUAAUGGCACCCCGACUGUUCCUUCAGGCAAAGAAAUACGAUUUGCACUAUACUAUCUAUUGGCGUUUUGUGACAGGGCUUUUACAAAACGGCUGGCAGUCAAAUGCUCCAAGCGGAGAGUUGGUAAGAGAUUUCUUCGAUCAACUAGACCGUGAGCCUCGCCACGAAGAUUCUAUGCUCAGACGGUACGCAGCCAGCGCUUUUUUUCAGAGGUCUCUUUCCCGAAAUGUCAUCCAGGAUCUGCUACCGCUGCUACUGCAUCGUGAUGAGAAUAUCAGCGCCGAUAGUACUCUCGGCCUAAAGGCAGCGGCCGACCAUCCUGGGGACGUUAUUCGAGAUCUGAUGUUACUCUUUCGGGAAGAUAAGAUUGUCUAUCCCGACGACACGCCAGCGCCGAUUUCAGCACCUCAAAACAAAUUCUCAGAUAGCACUAUCCUGACUCUCGGUACGCAUCUCAAGGAUAACCUAGGCCGUGUACGCUACAGGGCGGCGGCCGCUUUAGAGCUCGAAAAGACUUUACUCCCUGAUGGGAUUAUUCAUAACCUGGUACAGCUCCUCGAAGAUGAAUCUUCAAGUGUACGGUCCAAUUUCGAGAGUGACCAGCAAAGAGAGCAUUUCAUUCAGGUCAUUCGACAGGUGCAGAUGGGUCUGGGAUUUCCUACCGCUGGCACAAGCUCUGAUGAACAGUCGACGGUACCGAGUCUGGUCACCCGCAAGCGAUCUGUCAAAUCUGCGGGGUUUGCAAGCGUCCUCAACUCUCCUUUGGACUCGGAACGUAAAGCGGGCGUGGUCAGCCGCCUCAAAUGCCUCAGAUAUACUGGCAGGAUCCUCGUUCUUGCUACUAUUGCAGUCUUCAUCCAGGUGUUCCAGGUGUGUAGUUCACCACCCUUCCCUGCGUCCAGUGAUGCCUCAUCUAACUAG